AUGCCACCCAAAAAGCAGGAGCUACCGCCUACGGCCCCGGCUGAUGAAACGCGGUCCCUGCCCUGGGCGUAUACGUCUUUUCAUCCACCUCCGUUUGUGAAUGCCAAGAAUGUGUCGUCGUCCUACCUGAAGAGUGAGGCGCAGACAUGGGCCUCACGAGCAAGCCGGCCCACGAAGCGAGCCAAGCGGGACGCCGAGACGGACGCAGGAGAGAAUGACGAGGCAGAGGAGACGGCGGAGAGCGCGGCCGCCACAGAAGAGAGUGACAGCGCGAGUGCCUCUGCGAAACGCCUUGUCGUGCAUCUGGGCUCCGACUUUGUGCGUGUAGGCCGAUCCAACGACCUUUACCCGACGCUUGUCCCCAAUGUGGUAGCACGCCGCGGUGCUGAGCCCCACCCACUCCCGCCUUCGCCUGAGCCGAUGCCGGCCUCCGAGGCCUCGUUUGAGACACUUCGUGCGGAACUACGCUCCAUUAUGCGGCAGUACAAGCUGCGGCCAGUAACGCACGGCUGGCAGUCGGCGAAUAGCUACAAUGCCUCUGUCCAGCCGGAAAAAAUUGCGGAGCACAAUGACGUGUACCAUGUAGGAUUCGUCGACGAAGCCUCGAUACCAGGGCCGAUUGCGGUCGGCCAAGAAGCGCUGCGUCUGUCGUCCUUGUCAUCAGGGGAGCCAUCGAUGUGGACACUCUUUCGGCCAUGGGCGCGUGGCAUGCUCAACGUCGAAACGUAUGCUACGUCGUACGGUACGUCGUGUAUUGAGGCGUUGCUGGGCGACGUCCAACACAUUUUGCGGCAUGCCUUCUCGUUGCCGUCUUCGGUGCCCGAUGGCUCCUCUGCCUCGCCUGGCCUCGGUAUUCCUGAGGCCGAGUAUGGUGACUACUCUGUGCUGCUAUUGGUCCCUGACUCGUUUUCACGCAGAGAUAUCCGUGCGUUGGGCCAUGUCUUACUGCGCUACAUGGGCUUUGCUGCGCUGCAUGUCCAAACAGAAGGGCUCUGUGCGACGUUCGGCGCGGGUUUAAGUGCUGCGUGUGUCGUGGAUAUUGGGGCGACCAGCAUUGGCAUUUCCUGUGUCGAAGAAGGUCUGGUUCUCCCUGAGACACGUAUUACGCUGUCCUACGGUGGGCGCGAUAUGUCGGCCUUCUUUGGCGAUGUGCUGCGUGGCUCCAGUUUCCCGUAUAAGGAGCUCGAUCUCCAGCGUCGUGUAUGUGAUAUGGCCUUGCUGGACGAGUUGAAAGAGCGUUUUGUUACGCUGCAGCCUAGUCAAGUCGGUUUGAAUUUGUACGAUUUCACUGUGCGAUGGCCUGGCGUGGUCUCGCAGAAGUACGCCCUGCGGUUGUACGAUGAGCCUAUUCUGGCCGGUCUUAUGCUCUUCCAUCCAGAACUGGUCGCCGCGAUGGCGUCUUCGCGACCGCUUCCUUUCCCACGCCGCCGCUGGUCCAGUGCGUCUGUGGAAACGAGCAUGGUUGAUGAACCAGAGCUCUUAAAUACGCUCUCUAUGACCAAUCCAUCGCUUGGCGGGAAUGAGGCGAGUGAACUCACCGCGUCGGCGACGCACGACCUGACGCCGACGCUGGCCAUGUUUGGCUGUGUGCAGACCAAAGUCCCCGAUCCUGUCAUGGCGUUGGUCGACCCAUCGCGUGUGUUGCCUGCAGUAGACACGACCACAGCCACUUCGUCACCGGCCCCGCCCGGUGGCGGCGGCGCUUCGACGCCUAUGAACGCGACGUCCUCACCCGCACCAGGUGCGACGGACGGACCCACGGCCUCAGCGACGGAGGCUACGGAGAAAACCGCGGCCAUACCAGCGAAGAAUGGCCCUGCGUCCUCAAAGGGCACUACUUCGUCUGUGCCUCAAACAUCGGCGAUGGCCUCGCAAGCGGCAAAAUGCCAGGCGGCUGCGAUGCAGGCGGCACAAGCACACGAUAUCGAUAUCGUAGGCGAGGCGGCAAUGACACCGUUGGAUCGCGCUGUCUUCCAGAGUCUGUUGGCCUCGACAGGCUCAAUUGAUGGUACACUGAACAGUGGUGCUGAAGAGCGUUUACGCCGCUUGGCGAACAACAUUGUGUGCAUUGGCGGCGCUGCGCGUAUUUCAGGACUUGCCGAGGCGCUCGAGGCGCGGGUGUCCAUGCUACUGGCUGAGCACUACACACCGUCGGACCCAGCGCGUGUACCCGCGGUGCAAGUCCCCGCCUCGUUUACGGCACCGCAAGCCGUGGUCAUCCCCCCUCCUCGCAAUUUGGACCCGGCUUCGCUGGCGUGGAAAGGCCUGGCCGUGCUUGCGCAUUUGGACGCGAUGCAGGAAUUGUGGGUCCAAGCGGCUGACUGGGAUACGCUGGGCUACCGUGCGUUGAAAGAAAAGUCGCUGUUUUUGUAG